AUAUGGUGCUAGCAAUUGUAAUAAUCGAGGCGAGGAGACAUAGACAUAGACAUAGACAUAGACAUGGACAUGGAGAUAGUGGUGAUCUAAUAAAAUUUGGGUGUUUGUGGCAUGUCCCAAAAGUAGUGUGCGAAAAGCGCCGAUCCGAACAAGACAAACAUGAGGAAGGAAAUGGUGAUUCAUUUUUAUUAAAACAAAUAAAGUGAUGCUCUUUUUGCCCUCUUUCUUCUCUCUCUCUCCGGGGACGAUCUUUGUGUUCAAUUCCAUGAUUUAAUACUCUUUUUUCGAACGAACAGCUAAAUUCGCAGGAGGAGGAACAAGAUAAAUAACCCUUUUCAGACUAGUGUCAGUCGGUGAGUCGAUCGAUAAAAAUCAUGACUCUUGUUGAGAAUGGUGGGUCUAAUAAUCGGGUCGAAUCAACCGAUGUUGAUCAGUCCAAAUCAUCGAUUUCGAUUGCCAGGUCCAACGAUCACCAUCAGAGUUUUCAUCAGCAGACUAAGAUGAUACCUAAUGGGAAUGGUGUUUUGAAUCAUCAUCAUCAGCAGAUGAAAAUGACUGCUGUUGAUCAUCAUGAUCAUGAAGAAGAGGGUUUUAAGAAAGAGAUGAGGGAUUUGGCUGAAAUGUUGUCCAAAUUGAAUCCUAUGGCUGAAGAAUUUGUGCCCCCUUCUCUCUCCAACAACAACUUUAAUGGGUCUCUACUGCUACCACCAUCUGCUGCUGCUGCUCACUUUGGUUACUCUGCCGUCAACGAUUUCCUGCUCCAAACUAACCAUACCCCAUUUGCCAACGUCAAUGGCAUUUCUAAUAGAAGGAAGAAGGGUAACUUUAGUCAUGGGAAACGAAGGAUGAAUAACCGAACUAACAUGGCACAACGAGAAGAUGUCAUUAGGAGAACAGUCCAUGUUUCCGACAUUGAUCAGCAGGUAACUGAAGAACAACUUGCUGCCCUCUUUAUCAACUGUGGACAGGUUGUGGAUUGCCGCAUAUGUGGUGACCCUAAUUCCGUUCUUCGUUUUGCCUUCAUUGAGUUUACGGAUGAGGAAGGUGCAAGGAAUGCAUUGAGUCUGGCUGGAACUAUGCUUGGGUAUUACCCGGUCAGAGUGCUGCCUUCAAAAACUGCAAUUGCACCCGUAAAUCCAACUUUUUUGCCACGAUCUGAAGAUGAAAGGGAAAUGUGUGCAAGAACUAUCUAUUGUACUAACAUUGAUAAGAAGGUUACGCAGGCAGAUGUGAAACUGUUCUUCGAAUCAUUUUGUGGAGAGGUUUACCGCUUGAGGUUGCUAGGAGACUAUCAUCAUUCAACUCGUAUUGCAUUUGUGGAGUUUGUGAUGGCAGAGAGUGCAAUUACGGCCCUGAACUGCAGCGGUGCAGUAUUGGGAUCACUGCCGAUAAGGGUUAGCCCAUCAAAGACCCCGGUUCGUCCACGUGCACCUCGCCCUACCAUGCACUGAAUGGACGGAUAGCAGCAAUAUCUAAAUAUACACAUACGUAAACUUUUAACUGGGAGAUACUGGUUUUAUGUUUCUGGUGUUUUUGUUGGAUGCAUUCGGGGUUCAAGUACCUGUUUGAAAUGUAGAUUUAGGAUGCAAAUUUGAGGGUGAAUCCUCUCUUUCUUUCUCUGUUUUACUCUCUAGGUACUGCUGUUUUAUUCAAUCCAAGAAGACUAUGUUUUCCAUUGAUGACUAUAUCCUAUUAUGCUCCUUUCUUUAACCAUCA